AUGGUAAUGGUACCACAUACACUAGGCACUACCUGGCGCUGGAGUGAGGAUUCCCACAUUCCAUUUUGCUAUAUGGAUGCAUCAGGCAUGGUCCAGUCUCUUGACCCCCAGACAACUAGCUCGGCAGGUUUAGGAAGAACAAUCAUCGCCCCUCCUAUCAUGCCAAUGGACUCUUUCUCCGGUAGCUCUUUCAUCAUGAAUGGUCAUCAACAAAUUUCACAAAAUGCAUACGGUUUCACAUCUUAUACCAACGGAAGUUCAACCAAUCUCAUUACCACUUAUGGAGCCAAUUAUAUUCAGCCACGAUCUCUUCCUCCUAUGAUACAAUCCUUUUCUCAUUCGCCAAAAGAGGUAAUCUUUGACGAAAGCCAUCGCCAAGGAUUCAUUGAAAGCACAUCUCCAAGCCAAAGUCCUCAGAUUAAACCAGAACCUUCAUGGAAGAAAACUACAAGAUGUCAGCCAGAGAAAACCCCGAAAGCAUCACGGCCUAACAAAACCAUAAAUCCUCCUCCCCUUACCGGCUCUAAUGAGGCACAUAUCGGAACCACAGCAGUAGAUCGACUUAUGAAGAUCAUUCAAGACAAGGCAAGAACAUCAAAAUCACCAUCACCCUCUGUUUCUGAAAGUACAUCUGUGGUAGGUUCACCCCACACACUCUAUAAUCACGACUACAUCUCUGCAUAUGAGGAAGAAAAGCAAAUUCUCACAUCUGUUAAGGUCCAUGAUGAAUCAGGACGCUCCAAAGUACCAAAGAAAAGGUUUCGAUGCACCUUUGAAGGCUGCAUGUCGAGAUUUUUACAGAAAGCACAGUUGGAAAUUCAUGUCCGUAAACAUACCGGUGAGACACCAUAUGUAUGUGGAUAUGUUCAAUGCAAGCGAAGAUUCACACAACAAGGCAAUCUCAAUAUCCACCUAGAUCGUCACCGUGGUAUACGACGCUACCCUUGUGAGAUAUGCGGAAAACGUUUCGGACAACGAAGCAAUUUAGAUGCUCAUAGAAUCGUUCAUACGGGCAUCAAACCCUUUUCAUGCAAACUCGAUGGAUGUGGGAAAAGAUUCACACAAAGGGGUAACCUCAAGUCCCACCACAACAAAUUUCAUCGUCAGACCCUCGAAAGACUUCAAUCCCAACUCAUCAACGGUGAAAUCGACAUCGAAGCCAACAAAGAAUUUUGGUCAUACUUCUUCAACCUCUACAAGAACAGCAACAAGGGAAUUAAAGGACGAGGAAAAGAUCGAAACAUCAGUCCUCGAAGUCGUUCUUCCAGGAAUAGUCAUGCAAGUACUGGUUCCAAUGCCAGUCGAUACGUCUCGCCAAACAUGCGAAGUUGUCAUGGCUUGAUGGAUACUGAUGGUGCAUCAUACAGCGAUGCAACGAUGUACGAUUCCGAUGGCAGUAUGCGAAGUCACACGAGUGGAAGUAUGAGUGUGAAUAGUAGUUUUAGUUCUGGGACUACUGAUUCUACGGCUUCUACCUAUUCGAAUUUCUCAGAUGAUAUCGCGACGGAUUAUCAGGAUCCGCAUGCUAGGAAUGUAAGAGGGGAUUUGGCUUUUCGUGUUACGAGAGAUGUCGAGAUGAAAAUGAGCACACAAGACGAAAAUACGGAAAUGAAAGGACGAACGGCGGUUUUACAUUCUUUUAUUAUCAUUAUCAUCAUCAUCACCAUUAUCACACAACACAGCACAACACCGAACACGAAUAUCCCACCCAAAAAAGCGAGAUGUAUUUUUAUUGAACGCAUCAAUCUAUUCCUCACUCAUCAAUCAUCAUGA